AUGAACCGACUAGCUUUCGCAUCUCGGCGCGCAGCCGCACCAUCGCCAGCAUUCCGAGCCGCGACAGCAUCUUCUUCAUCCUUUAGUCUACGACGCCCCUACAGCAACGGCAGCACAUCGGCCCCCAAAUCCGCCGAAAAAGCCAGCGCAACCAGCGGCGGAUCCCGCAGCAAAGACGCAGCCUCACAAGCGUCGUCUUCGUCGCCUUCCUCUUCAUCCACCAGCCCAACAGAAGGCGUAAUCCCCGACGGCCUCUCCAACGGCAACGCGCUAGGCCGCACAGGCGGGGGCAAGCCGCUGAACAGCUCGCGCGACCCGCCGGCGCAGCCCAAGAUCAGCAAUGCGAGCGUGCCGGGGGAGAAGGCGAAGCUGAGCGCGGAGCAGCAGGCGGAGGUGGAUAGGCACAAUGAGGAGUUUGAGAAGAAGCAUGGGAUGGCGGAGGCGGCGGGGGAUGAUAAGGUGGAUAAGGGGUUUUGGAGUGGGCGGGGGGGGAGGAAGUAA